AUGGUUCAUUUUGCAUGGAGAUGCAAUAUCGGAAAGAAGGCCAAGAUCAUGUGCAAAGUGAAAUUUGUGUCAGAGUUUGAUGCGCUGGAAGUAGUGACCAAUGAGCUGAAAUCAAAGCUCACACUGGUGUUCAGCCGACUAAAGUCCAUUGAGAAAGAGCAUGCUGAGCAAUGGAAGGUGCGUAAGUGGAUGAAGGUGGUGCAGGAGGCAUUAUCAUCAUCUAAACCUGCAGAGGAGAAUACGGAUGUUGAGAUGGCACUGAGUGAAGUACCAGGGGACCUGGAGGAGGAGAGCAUGUAUCAUGUGUGGGAGUUGCAGGAGCUGGAGGCAUUGGCUGAUGCCAACCUGAAGAGUGAUUAUGGGUGCAGCAUGACUGGGCUGUAUGAUCUUGUUGCCAUCAUUAUGCACAAGGGAGCAGAUGCUGAUGCAGGGCACUAUAUCAGUUUCAUGAAGAAGAGUGUAUUCCAUGCAAAGUUGGGUGAUGGACUUACAUUUGACAAGGAUGAUGGCAAGGUAUUGGUGUUUCCCAGGGAGAAGCUGGGAAUGAUUGAUGGAGGAGGGGAGGAUGCAUCUGCAUAUGUGCUUUUGUACAGGAGUAAGCCGUUGGCAUAG